ACAAAAAAACUGCCAAUUAAAUUUUUACUAGUCAACUCAAAAUCUAUUUGUAAAAAGUUAUAACUAUGGGACGUGCCAAAAAAGAAGGGUCCGCACAUUCACAAAAGAAAAUACUUAAAGGAUUUAAGGCAGAACUAAUAAAAUAUCGUCGAAAUGAAAAGAGGAUCAUUGAAUAUUUUAAAAAGGAAAUAAGAAAAUAUAAAAGAACUCACAAGCGAACAAUUACCCAAAAUUUCGAAAUUGCCUUAAAGAGGCUAUUAAAGGAGGAUGCUACAAAACGUUCAAAAUUUUCGGCUUUCGUUUCAUUUUUUAUAAAAAAAAAUUAUGAAAAUUCGUACCGCGAUACAGAAAAUAAUUCGGAAAAUUUGUCAGUGGAUAGUAGUACGACGAGUAUGAGUAGUUUGAGUAGUAUUAGCAGCAUGUGUACUAUAAGUAGUUGUAAGUACGAAGAACAUAUAAAAAACAUUUCGGAAAUAUGCUCGAAAUGCAAUGCUAGCGAAGUUUCUUUUCGUACAUUUGAAUACACUUCUACACCAACUCUGUCCGAAAAUCUAUCACGUCAAGGUGAGAGCUAUUGUGAAUACAAAUCAUAUGAAAUAGAAUCACAAAAUGGAAAUAAAAUUGACCAACAAAGCUUACGUCGAACACUGCAAUUUCCGAAACUUAUUUCUGUAUCUUCAACCAGUAAUGAUGAAUUAUCAUAUAGGCAGUUCUUGGAAGGCGAUUCGCAAGCUUUGUCAUUUAACAACAAAUUAAUGAAUGGAUUCACCACUGCGAUUGAAAAAUGCAAUUCAGAGUUUUCGGAUUCCAGUUCGGAAUCAAGUAUAUUGAGUUUACCUUCAUUACCUUCAUACCCUGGUCAACAUUGUAGAACAAGGGCAAACUCAACGAAAACUCGUAAAAGAAAUAGAAAAAAGAAAAGGAAUCGUUGAGUUUGUAUACUUAUAACGCAUUGUAGAUAACCAUUUUAAUUUAUGAAGAAACAACUUGACACGCAAAUAAUGUGUCAACCGGCUGGGUGAUUUGAGGAUUUUGGAUAUAAGUUUACAAUUGCAUACUGUACAUAUUAAUAGUUCCAGAUCUCCAAUUUGCUCGUAUAGCUCAAAUAAAACCAAAAAAUUUUAAUUACAUAUAAGA